GCUCAAAUCACUUUUGAUCCACGAUUUCGUGUCGUACCCACAUUAUACGGUGAGAUCAACGACGAGGGUUUUAUGCUGAUAAAAAUGCGCGAUCAAGAACAAAUGCGGAUCAGAUUUUACCUUUAUUUCACCUGUUCAGAAAAGUUCUGCUUGAAGACGAAAGUUCGUUCCAUCGGUCGUCUCUCCGAGGGUCAGUCAAUUGUUUUCAUACGGCUCUGUAUUUUGCUCUUACAUUCAACACAGACCACAUAAGUACUAGCGACACUUUUCUCUUAGACCUGUACUCUCCAUUUUUAGCUUCACCCGAUUUUCAAACCCACACCUCGUAUACUAUCACUUUACGACGCGUCUCUCUUUUCGUCACAGAUUUUUGUCCCCAAAGUACUAACCUAUACGACUUCCUUAUUCAGCCAUUCGCUUGACUAGCUUUUUGAUCCGCCGUCGUCCUGCAGUACGUCGUAGCAUGAGCAACGCGCUGCGUCUGAACGUGGAUUACCUGCGUCAAAUUGGACUAGCUGUCGCCAUGCCGGAGAACGGAGUGAGCAACGGAACCGCGGCCGCCGCCGCGCCGGUCAACAAACCCGCAACGGGGUCGGGUGAAGCGGGCGCCAAGAAAAAGGGAAAGAAAAACGAGAAAAAACAAAUGAUCGACCUCGCACCCCCGCAUGGCACAAGAGACUUUUUCCCCGAAGAAAUGAGAGCAGAACAAUGGUAUUGACGUAAUAUUGAAUGAACAUAAAAAUACUUGUAGUACUGACUUUAGUCGAACAACGCACUGCAGCUGACGCAAGUCAUCGUCUGCUUGAUCAGAUGCAGAAGUUAGUUUUGCUUUGCUGGUUUUGGUGAAAGGAUGUGAUCGUCAAUAUGUAUAACCACAUUUCCCAGGUUGUUCGACAAGUUUUCUGGCACCGCGAGACGGUUUGGUUUUGAGAAAUACGACGCACCGGUCCUGGAGAACGUUGCACUGUACGAAAGAAAAGCCGGGGAGGAGAUCACGGAGCAGAUGUACAAUUUCAUCGACAAGGACGGCGCGAGCGUGACCCUGCGACCCGAGAUGACGCCCAGUUUGGCCCGGAUGGUGCUCAACCUGAUGCGCGAGGAGACGGGCCAGAUGGCCACCAUGCUGCCGCUCAAGUGGUACAGCAUCCCCCAGUGCUGGCGCUUUGAAACCACGCAGAGGGGCAGGAAAAGAGAACACUACCAGUGGAACAUGGACGUAUAAGACUUCUGCAUUUUAUGCUAACAUAGUAGUUGUCAUGGCUAGAACAUCAAGAGUCCUCGUAGAGACAACUUUGUCCAAAGGUACUAAAUGCUUAAUACACACUUCGGUUAUUUAAUCCUAACAGCCGUAAUCUGGGUCAUCAGAAUGAAUCGAAACGCCUUUGAGUUUUUGAAUCCCUUCACUGAACAAUAAACAGAUGAUCGGCGUGGACAAUAUUACCUCUGAAGCCGAGCUGCUCGCGUCCGUGGUGGAUUUCUUUGAGUCUGUUGGUCUCACCGCCGCCGACAUCAAGAUCAAGGUGAACAGCCGGAAGGUUUUGGGUUUCGUCCUGGCCAAGGCCGGCGUGUCGGACGAGCAGUUCGCCGCGGCCACGGUGAUUAUCGACAAGCAGGACAAAAUUGGCGCGGAGGAGUGCAAGAAGCAGCUGAACGAACAGCUGAAUCUUCCCAUGGACACAUGUAACAAGAUCGUGGACGCAACGGCCGCGGAGACCCUGCAGAAGUUCGCGGAAGUCGCCGAGGCAACGGACAGUGAGGAAGUACAAGAACUGCAGCAGCUCUUCGAUCUCGCGAAGGACUACGGCUACGGGGACUGGUAUAGUGUCUUAAGGAUGAUGCGGCAAAAUAGCAGCAGAGUUGCAUGUUUAAAACUUUGUCAACAUUCUAUAGUUUUUUGAACAUUGAACUUGAAGAAAGACAAGUGAGCCGUCGUGAGAAACGAAAAUUGACGUUGCUGAUGAAAAGUAUAAUUUUAGAUUGUUCCAUCGAAUCACCCCUACAACAGGCUGGUAUUCGACGCUUCUGUUGUCCGGGGUCUGGCGUAUUACACGGGUAUCGUUUUCGAAGCCAACGACCGCAAGGGGGAGUUCCGCGCAAUCUGCGGCGGCGGCAGGUACGACAAGCUGCUUUCCCUGUACGGGGCGAGUAAGCCGAUCUCCAUGUGCGGUUUCGGCUUUGGGGACUGCGUGAUCAUGGAGCUUUUGAAGGAGAAAAAGCUGCUGCCGGAAUUUAAGCAGAACGCCGACUACUUGGUAGGGUUUUUUGGGUUGGUCAUGCCCCUUACGCAUUUUGUGUAGUUCAGGCUCAGGAGCUUCAUUUUUUGCAUGCGGGAGGAACGAUUUGCGAUGACACUGCAGGGAAAUAAGCGAAAGCAAGAUUUAUUGCGAGUCAAAGUUCCGAAGUGGUGAUGAAAUCCACGCAUCUAGUACUAAAAUUUUUCGUUUUAUCACUACCAAUGGCAAACUCCCCCCCGGUGGCCGGGCACUGCUAAAACGGGCGGUGAAACGUCACUGGGGGUGCAGAAGUGGUCUAACCACUUCUGCAGAAGCAUUUACCUUCUGAGAAUUGCACUACAGUAUGUGGGAGGCUUUUACCGCUCACCUUAAGAAGCGCACACGUCAUUCAUUUUAUCACUACAAACAGGUCUGCGCCUUCAACAAGGACAUGCUAGGUCCCGCGAUGAAGGUGGCCCGUGAGCUGCGAAAAACCGACAAAACCGUGGUGUUCUACCAGCAGGUCGCGAAAAAGAUCGCGAAUGCGUUCAACUACGCCGACCGCAUUGGGGCGCGGUACGUCGCGCUUGUGGCUCCGGACGAGUACCAAAACGGCUUGGUCAGGAUUAAGGACCUGCGCGAGGAGGACGUGGACAAAAAGCAGAAGGACGUACCCAUCGAAGAGUUGAAAAACUUGUGAUGGACAUUUGUACUUCUAUCCUCUGAAAAUAAUAGUACAGUGUCCCCCGAAACAAGUACAUACUGAAUUUGAAGCUGCAUUUAUUGCGGUUUUUCUCUUUCCUUUCGCGCGUCGUGUUUGCUGCUUCGAAGUAUUUCACCUGAGCGAAUUCGCUUGCCAUGGCGAAGCGAAACGCUCACUGUGAUCGAUUUUCAACGCAAAAAAAAGAAACGCAAAGACCGUAAAAAAAAGAACGAAAU